AAGUCGCUCUCGCAGUCGCGGCUUUUGCUCGGGGGUUCGCUAUCGCGACGCGCCAAGUCGCAGCCGGAGCAGAUCCGUGAGCGCGCGGGCACAUUCGCUGCGCCGUCUCUCGCGAAGCGAGACGCCGCGUGCGUGACGGCCGUGUAGGGGGUCACGGUAGUAAACCUCCCUCGCUCGCUCGCUCACUCACCAACCAAGAGCCAUGGAGGAAAUUUCGGAGGCGGCUCCGUCUGCCAACGGGCACGGCCGCUUCCAAGUGCAGCCCAGGGAAGACGGCGUCGGCGGCGCCCACGACAACUACGCGUACACGGACACGCACACCAACACCUACUACUCGCGCACGUUCGGCCACAACACCCUGGACCCGGUGCCCAACUACAACUACUACUGCCGCACGGGCACCAUCCAUGGCAAGAAGGCGGCGCGAGCAACCAUCUACGACCUGCACGCCACCUACGUGAAGGACCCUUCGGCGGUGCCGUCCACCCUGCAGCAUGUGUACGGCGAUGCCGUGCUGGAAGACGUUCCGGACGGGGAGCCGGUGGAGGAAGUCAAACCGCCGGAACCCAUUCUCUUCGGCUGGUUCCGUGGCGUCAUGAUGCGGGUGAUUGUGAACAUCUGGGGAGUCCUCAUGUACCUGCGCCUGCCCUGGAUCACCGCUCAAGCGAUGAUAGGGCUGACGUGGGUCAUCGUGCUCGUGGCCGUCAUCAUCACCUCCAUUUCUGGCCUUUCCAUCUCCGCUAUUUCCAACAACGGAAAGGUGGCUCGAGGUGGGACCUACUUCAUGGUGUCCCGCACCCUGGGCUACGAGUUGGGUGCUCCCUUCGGGAUCCUCUACUCGUUCGCGGCGGCCGUGGGCAUCGCCAUGCACACCGUGGGCUUCGCCGAGACGCUGCGGGACAUCUUGCACGCCUCGAACCUCAUCAUGGUGGACAAAGUGAACGACAUCCGAAUCAUCGGCGUCAUCACGGUCACCUUCCUGCUGGCCAUCGCCAUGGCCGGACUCGCGUGGGAGAACAAGGCCCAGCUCAUCUUCUUUGUCCUGAUCAUCAUCUCGCUGCUCAACUACCUCCUCGGCACCGUUAUGCCCGCUACGCCAGAGAAGAUGUCCAAGGGAUUCUUCAACUACAACGCAAAGAUUUUCUCCGAGAAUUUCACUCCGGUGUUUCGCAACACGGAGUUCUUCCGCCUGUUUGGAGUGUUCUUCCCGGCCGUCACGGGCAUCCUCGCAGGGGCCAACAUCUGCGGAGACCUCAAGGACCCAGCCUCUGCCAUUCCCAAGGGGACGCUUCUGGCUAUCCUGACAACGGCCUUGUCCUACCUCAUCAUCAACACGACCAUCGGUGCGGUGAUGCUGCGCGACGCCACUGGCCUCCUCUCCGACUCCUUCUCCUGGGUGCCCUCCGCCAACGGCACCAACUCCAGCCUCGCUAUCGCCAACGUCAGCACCACGCUGAGCUCCAUCAGCAGCUUCACGACGAGCAACGAGACCGCGAGGACCACCAUCGCCACGCUCUUCGCCUCCUCCGCCUCCUCCGCCACCGCGGCGUCCGUCCGCGUGUGUAACGGCAGCAGCAAGCUGGGCUGCGAACUGGGAUGGAACUUCACUGCCUGCAGCCUCUUCAAACCCGACACCACGUCGCCCUGCACCUUCGGCUUCGUCAACAACUACCAGGUGAUGGCGAUGGUGUCCGCCUGGGCUCCGCUCAUCUACGCCGGCAUCUUCGGAGCGGCCCUCUCCUCCGCGCUCGCCAAUCUCAUCAGCGCGCCCAAGUGCUUCCAGGGAGUGGCCAGGGACAACAUUUACCCUGGAAUCAGCAUCUUUGGCAAAGGCUUUGGCCGCAACCAGGAGCCACUGUUUGGCUACUUGCUUGCCUACAUAAUCUCCAUUUGCUUCAUCAUCAUCGCCGAGUUGAAUAUCAUCGCGCCCAUCAUCUCCUGCUUUUUCAUCAUCUCCUACACCAUCCUCAACUUCAGCUGCUUCCACGCCUCCUUCAUCAAAACUCCCGGAUGGCGCCCCGACUUCAAGUUCUACCACCCAGCGGUGUCCUUCAUCGGUGCGGUGCUCAACGUGAUCGUCAUGUUCCUUCUGCUGUGGUGGGGCGCCAUCAUCGCCUUUGGCAUGUGGAUCAUCCUCUACCUCUACGUCACCUACCGCAGGCCAGAUGUGAACUGGGGUUCAUCGAUGCAGGCCAUGAGCUUCAAUACUGCACUCUACACGACCCUCACUCUUGAUCGGGAGCUGUACCACGUCAAGAAUUACAGGCCCAACUGCCUGGUGCUCACGGGGCCUCCAAACCUGCGGCCGGCGCUGGUCGACUUCGUGGGCACCUUCACCAAGGACAUCGGCCUCAUGGUCUGCGGCAACGUCCUCGUGGGUCCCAAGGGGGAGAAGGUGAAGGAGCUGCUGGAGAACAACCACAACGAGUGGCUGCACAGGCGCAAGGUGAACGCCUUCUACACGGGGUUCGUCGCCACCAACAUGCAGGACGGAGCCUUCGGCCUGCUGCAGAGCACCGGCAUUGGGAAGCUGCGCCCCAACAUCCUCAUUAUGGGCUUCAAGAACAUGUGGCAGGAGGAGGAGUCCAUUAACAUGCACCACUACAUCCAAAUCAUCCACGACGUGUUCGACUUGAACAUGUCCCUGGGCAUCCUGCGAGUCAAGGAGGGCAUCGACAUCACCAGCAUGCCCGAGACUCACGUCAACAUGGCUUUCCAGUUUGACGCGAAUAGCAAGUCCUCUCGCAAAGUGGCCAGCCUUGUAGCAACGUCAGCUCUGAAGAGCGUUUCCCCGAACACGGCGCAAGAAGGCACCGUCCAGGAGGGGAUGCCGCAGAUCAGCACCGUCUUCCAGUUCAGCCAGGGCAAGAGGACCAUCGACAUCUACUGGCUCUUUGACGACGGAGGCCUCACGCUGCUGCUGCCGUACCUGCUGUCCAAGAAGAAGCGCUGGAGACACUGCAAGAUCCGCGUCUUCAUGGGUGGGAAGCUGGACCGCCUGGAGGAGGACAAGCAGAACAUGACGCGGCUCAUCACCCGAUUCCGCCUGGACGUGGACGACGUCAUCAUCCUGACGGACGUCAACAAGAAGCCGCGCACGGAGAAGAUAAAGCAGUUCGAGGACAUGAUCUCUCCGUUCCGACUCAACGACGGCUUCAAGGAGGAGGCGGAGGUGGAGGAGUUGCGCCGCGACUGCCCCUGGAAGGUGUCCGACCACGAGCUUCUCUCGCUGCGGGACAAGACGUACCGGCAGCUGAAGCUGAACGAGCUCAUGAUUCAGAACUCCAACGACGCAGCCCUCAUCGUUGUGAGCCUGCCCAUGAUCCAGAAGGGACGGUGCCCGUCGGCGUUGGGCAUGGCCUGGCUGGAGGUGCUCAGCCGGGAUCUGCCCCCAGUGCUCAUCAUGAGGGGCAACCACGUGAACGUGCUCACCAUCUACAGCCAGUGACGCAUGCUCGCGGAAAAACCACGCUCGCAGCCCGCUCGCACGCACGCACGUGUGCAAGCACACGGUCAUCGUAAACCACACUCACACCCAAUCGCUCGCUCACACUCUACUUAAACCAUAAACUAAACUAUUUUUUUAUUUUACCAGGUAAGGCCCACUGAGCGAUAUAGUUUCUUUUUCAGAAACGAUCUGGCCACAAAUGAUAGCCCAAUGAAAUGGCUUAUCACGUGGAAAUGUAUCGCAGCUAAAUGCUCUAACGCAUGUUUCUAAAUGUGGAGGGAAAAACUGGAGGACCCAGAGAAAAACCCAUGCGACCACGGGGGGAACAUGCAAACUCCAAAUAUACAGGCAUUCAGGGUCAGGAUUUCACCGACGACCUCCUGUAUACCAAGCGAGGAAGUUAACAUCUCGCCACUGCAGCACCCCACUUACACACACACACCAGCCCAGUCACCCAAGCCGUCAUUCCUCCAGACUCAAUUCUCACGUGCACCCGGCCUCAUUCGCACGAUUGGCCACUUCCACCGCAAACCUCCGUCCACGAUCAAUCGUCAUUCACCCACGCGCACACGCACACGCCAACAGACUGGGGAAUGUGCAUUUUAAUUCCCUCUUAUUUAAGUUCUAAUUGCAAUCGCUAGUUGUAUUUGUAUUAACUUAACAAUAGUGUAAGUACACAGUUGUAGAAUACAAUGUUCGUUAUUUUCUUUGAACCAAAAACGGAGGGACGUUUCAUGAACAUUGACUAAUGUGAUUGACUAAUACCGGCCACACGGCUCAGUGGGAGAGCGAGUGGCUUCACAAUCAGAAAGGUUGAGAGUUCAAAUCCUGGUUGGGGGGUGGUGGGGUUCACUCAGCCAAUCAUCCCACUGGGGUCGAUUAAAUAAAAACCACUUUGCGGUGAAGGCAACAGUGAUUGUCCUAUUGAGGUACUCCCCCCCCCCCCUACUAUAGGAAUGUGGAAUUUCCACCACUGUGACUCAGGGCUGUAAACAGGUGAUGGGCACCAAUGCUGCAAUGCCCACUUGCAUAGGAACUCACUUUGACUCCUUAUUGACUAAAGGGUAGUUGUGUGCAAUGGAAUUAUAUUUUCCUUCAACAAUGAAUAUACUUUUUUUAUUCACCGAUUGAAAACACGUAUUCAAUAUUAAACAAUUAUAUUGUAUUUGCUCUAUAUAUUUUUGUGAAUCAAAUAAGUGCUAUAUGUAUAAAAAUAAGGGUUGUUUUUUUUUUGUAGCUCCGAAAGACGUAAUGGAUAACUUAGAUGACAUUUGAUCUAUAUUGCAGGUCUUUCCAUAAGGGUAUAAUAUCCGUGUCUUCGUGUAACGUUAACUCUGCUGCUACACUUCGGCCUGGCGCGUGGAGACUGUAGACCAGCUUCCUUUCUGCGACGUUUCACUCUUGUUGGCUAAUAAAUUAAAAUGCGAGUCAUUU